CUAUACCCGGAGCCUAUUAAGCUCCAAUAGCGAAAGUAACACUCUUAAUUUCCUCUCGAGAAACCAGGGUUGUUAAGGAGGAGUUCAUGAAGGGAUCCACUUUACUGACAAGACCUAGGUUAGCCACCAUAAGAAGUGAAUCUACUCCAUUUGACGUGAAAAGGUGGACAAAAAAGCCUAUAGAUAUUGAAGCUUUACUUUGUUCGUCUGAAUGGGGAUUUCCAUUAUCAUCUUUAAGAAUUUUAAUAAUGUUUUUCCUCCUUUGAAUAGUGGAUUGAUGGAAGAAAUGAGUAUUUAAGUCCCCAAAUUGAAGAUAGGUCAUUCUCGAUUUUUGUUUCCAGAAAAUUUCCUCUUGUAGAUAGAUUGAGGUUAACUGGGUUUCUAGUGAUCUGAUCAAAUCCCAAUCCACUGAGGGGGUAUCUCGAGCUUUGUCAAUAGCAUCUCUUAUUUCUCUAAUCUGACGAGCUGAGUUGGUGGUUCCUUUAGACAUCCACUCAACAAGGUUAUAUCGAGCACCUUUUAAUUGGGUAAAGAACUUAAAUUGUCUUGUACCAUUUACUUGGUCCCACCAAUUUCCAAGCACUUUUUCUUUGGUUUUAGAAUUACUUGUCCACCGACGAUCAAAUUGAAAGCGACUCCUACCCAAUUUAAUUUGAGAUUCGAGAUGUAAAAUGAUCAUUCGAUGAUCAGAUCCCGAGUCCGUUAGGUGAGUUAAUUGAGCUUGAGGCUAAGUGUUGAGAAUGAGGGAGGAUCCAAGAACUCUAUCGAGUCUGACCAUAAUGUGGUCCUCUGUCGAUUGACGAUUAGACCAAGUGUACUGGGGACCACAAAAUCCCAUAUCCUGUAACCCAGCUUGAGAGCAGAAAUCUCUUAGUUGGUCAAGAGUUGUAAAGGCAGGGCUCCUACCCCCUGUCUUUUCAGAUGACUGGAGGAUACAGUUGAAAUCCCCUAGCACGAAGAUUGGAUGGGAGCAAGCUAUGACUAGGCUGGAAAUGCCAUUCAAUUGGGAUUCCCUGCUUCUUGUCUCACAACUAAGAUGAACAAAAAUAAAGGAGGCGAUCCCCAACUCAGGAUGUUGACAUUCUAUAUGAAAGAAAUGGCGAUCCCUUCCGAUAAUAGAACAUUGGACGUCGGGUUUCCAAACUACCGCUAGUCCACCUGAUGAUCCUACGGCGCUUACUAAUUCAAUCUCCUUAAAACCAAUUAGUUGAAUUGUCUUUUUAACUUCAUCAUCUUUAUUUUUGGUCUCACUCAGAAACAAUAAAUAUGGAGCAAAUCGGUUCACAAUCUCUUUCAAUGAUCUCGUUGUAGUGAUGGGACCGAUACCACGACAAUUCCAAAAAAGUAUUCCCAUCCGUUAAUUGGAGGUGAAAGCAAUAUUUAAGAAAAAAUAAAUGAUCCUAAUCCCUUAGCUCAAUAGACAGCCAGUCAGCUCUUUGUCGGAGUGAUUCGAGCGUUUUACAACCCUCAGAGGGUUUGUAUAGGAGGAGAGGUCCGAAAUCGGGUACCUACGCAGGCCGUGUAAGGUCUGAUAGACAGAGCUUUCAAAGCUUCUGAUAUAGUACAACUUUUUUUUUCCGAGAUUUUCUGCAACUCUCUUUUUUUUACCAAUCAAACACAAGAGACAAGCUGAGAGAGAACUUUAACUACCCGACACUUUCCAAACCUCAGAUCAGUUUAAUUUCCUGCAGAAAUGGUUUCGGAGAAACAGUCGGGGAUACGGCAUCUAAGCUGGAGCAAAGGACUUCCGACUUUGAGAAGAGAAGCUGGACUUGUGAUGGGAGGAGCGCUCUCACGUUGUUGAGAGGAGACCGGUUUUAUCCUGGAAAGCAGAUUUUGAAUGAGGCAAGGAUCCUCUCCCGGAGCUCUCGCCACUGCAGAUCUUGUAAAAGGGGCAGAUUUGAUUUUGCCGAUCUCCAAAGGGAAAUUGCCUCAAAUUAGCAGAGGGACUAAAGGAAGGAAGUAUCCUUUACUCUUCUAGAGUCGGCUGAAAUCGCAGAUCGGGCCAAGAUCUCAUUUAUUUCACCACCCUUACCGGCGGCGAGCAUCGAAGGCAGGCCGAGUUCGUCGUCCUACGCCUCCAGGAGACGACCUAGCACCGGGCCGGAAUCGCCGUACUCGGAUACCGUCACUUUAUCGCAGAUCGCCGGCUGCGGAAAAGAAGUCGGGAGAAGGAUAACUUCCUCAAAGCUUUUGAUAACAGAGUCCAGGCCCUGAAUCCUUCAGUGUUGUGUUGCCAAGUGCUUUUGGACGAGUGUUUGAUGUCGAUUUACCGCCUCUACAUUCACUAUUGUGCUAAAUUAUGCGAGAAAAUGGUAAUGAGAAACUAAACAACAAUCCAAUCAUCACAAAAAAAGAUCAAGUACAAGAAUCACUAAUAUAGAUGAUGAGUCCUCAAACUUGUUUUUCAAUGAGUACAGAUACUACUAGGGUUUAUCGUUUUAGGUGGGAAUCUUAGGAAAGUUACACUUUUCAAAACUUUGCCCGUAAAACAGCAAAGCUUCUGCUACGUGUGAAUCCACAUCACUUGCUUCCCCUUACCACCUCUGUCCACAAGGAAGCCAUUGCUAAGUUUGUAGCCAAGGCAGCAAUGCUACACAGGAAGCCAAACAAGGAAAUUAGCAAGAAUGAAAGUAAGGAAGAAAAGCAACAGUAAACGAGGAACAGGGUUUGAAACACUUUCUCUCUCUCUCCCAAAUUCCUCUAUCAGAAAACUUCACGCGAUCCCCUGUCCAAAUGUCCGCCGCCGGCGACCUCAAGAAGCUCACGCUGCUUCUCUCCCUCGUCGCCUCCCAGGCCUCCCUCAUCUUCACUUUUAGCUACGAGACCUGCCCUCUUCUUCUGGGAGCGACGACGACGAUGGGCGGCGAUCAGGCAGGCCAAGAGGGUGUGCCAAGCGGCACUCCGGCACAGGGCCUCCGAUUAUUAGGGGCCUCCACGUGAAUUUGUUAGUUACCCAAUCGUAUAUUGUAGGUUGUAUUUGUAGUAUAUAAUUAAUUGAUUAUGAAUAUGAUAACAAAUUUAAUUAUAUUAAUUAAUAUUAAUGUUAACCAUUGGUUACUAUUCUCAUGUAUAUAUACAUUAGACACUUAUAUAUACACUAUACAUAUCCUAUUUGUUUUAAAAGAUAAUAGAAGAAAAUUUUAAUGAAAUAGCUACGAUAACAAUUGAAAUUAUCCUAUUGAGAAUACGUAAAUUAGAGGCAUAAUAGAUAAUUUUAUUUUAA